UUCCCGCCUUGAAGGCUGCAACUCCAUGGCCCUUUCUUCUCUCGCUUCUCUCUCUCUUCUCCUUCUCCUAUGCCUCUCUCUCUCCCGGCUCUCUCUUUCUAUACCCACCAAUGACACCGCCGCCCUCUCCCUCUUCCAGUCCGACACCGACGCUCACGGCAUACUCCUCUCCAACUGGACGCUCUCUGCUGACGCCGGCGACGCCUGCUCCGCCUCCUGGCGAGGCGUCCGCUGCUCCAACGGCCGGGUCAUCGCCCUCUCCCUCCCCUCCCUCGACCUCCGCGGUCCCAUCGCCGCCCUAUCGGCCCUCGAUCAGCUCCGCCUCCUCGACCUCCACGGCAACCGCCUCAAUGGCACCCUUGACGCCCUCACCAACUGCACCCGCUUGAAGCUCCUCUACCUCUCCAACAACGAUUUCUCAAACCAGAUUCCGUCUUCCAUCUCUUCGCUCACUAAAAUUCUCCGAUUAGACCUCUCCAACAACAACUUGAAAGGUCCGAUUCCGGACUCGCUUUCGAACCUGACCCGCCUCCUCACGCUCCGCCUCCAGAACAACGAGCUCUCCGGACCGGUUCCUGGAUUUCUCGGCUCAAUUCCUGGGCUCAAGGAACUCAAUUUAUCCAACAAUGAGUUUUAUGGCCACUUACAGGAGAGUUUACGGGGCAAGUUCGGGGACCCGAGCUUUUCAGGCAACGAAGGUCUUUGCGGAUCGGGUCCGUUGCCAGUCUGUUCCUUCUCAAACGCCCCUCCGGCCACGGCUUCGGCCCAGACUGUUCCGUCGAAUCCUAGUUCGCUACCUUCCACCACCAUAAUUGACGAGAACAAGAAACCGUCCCGGAAAGGCCUUAAUCCAGGCGCCAUAGUUGCAAUUGUGGUUGCCAAUUCCGUCGUCUUGCUGGUGAUCACGUCGUUUCUUGUGGCUUACUAUUGUGGAAGAAACUCGAGAGAUUCGAGUUCGAGAUCGGAUACAGAGAGCGCAAAGAGAAGAAGCUCGAGUAGCUACACCACCGAGAAGAAGGUCUACGCCGGAGACAGUGACGGCACGAACGCGACCGAUGGGAGCAAGCUGGCAUUCUUCGACAGGAAGAAGCAGUUUGAACUGGAGGAUUUGCUUCGGGCAUCGGCGGAGAUGCUCGGGAAAGGAAGCCUUGGAACGGUGUAUAAGGCGGUGCUGGACGACGGCUACACUGUGGCGGUGAAGCGGCUGAAAGACGCCAACCCUUGCGCUAGGAAGGAGUUCGAGCAGUACAUGGAUGUGAUCGGAAAGGUCAAGCAUCCGAACAUCGUCCGGCUUCGAGCUUACUACUACGCUAAAGAGGAGAAACUUCUCGUCUACGACUAUCUCCCCAAUGGAAGCUUGCAUUCACUUCUCCACGGAAACCGCGGUCCUGGGAGAAUUCCUCUAGAUUGGACAACAAGGAUCAGCUUGGUGUUGGGAGCGGCGCGAGGGCUAGCCAGGAUCCAUACAGAGUACUCUGCAACAGCAAUUCCCCAUGGAAAUGUGAAAUCAUCCAAUGUUUUGCUCGACAAAAAUGGAGUUGCCUGCAUUUCUGAUUUUGGGCUAGCGUUGCUUUUGAACCCAGCUCAUGCAACGGCAAGGCUGGGCGGAUACAGAGCGCCAGAACAAACCGAAGUCAAGAGGCUCUCCCAGAAGGCAGAUGUCUACAGUUUCGGAGUCCUGUUACUGGAAGUGCUCACUGGCAGAGCCCCGUCCCGGUACCUGUCCCCGUCCCGGCCCCGCCUUGAGGAGGAGGAGCAGGCGGUGGACUUGCCCAGAUGGGUCCUAUCAGUGGUGAAGGACGAGUGGACGGCAGAAGUGUUUGAUCAGGAGCUGCUCAGGUACAAGAACAUUGAGGAGGAGCUUGUGGCAAUGCUGCAAGUUGGGCUGGCAUGUGUGUCGCCACAGCCUGAGAAAAGGCCAACUAUGGCUGAAGUUGCCAAGAUGAUUGAGGACAUCAGGGUGGAGCAGUCGCCACUCGGGGAAGAUUACGACGAGUCACGCAACUCGCUCUCGCCAUCGCUUGCCACCACUGAGGAGGCGCUCGCCGGCUACUGAUGCCGGUGCUCUCUUGACGAUCCUAGCAUCUUCUCCCAUUGCACCGACUUAUUGCUAAUCAUUAUUGUUUCGUGCUCUCUGUUCUCAGUAUCUAUGGAUUUUCCUACUGGUUUUCUUUCAUCCCAACCUUGUAAUAUUUGUAUGCUUUAUCCUUAGUUUGUUUCUGGUAUGUAAUGCAGCUUUGACAUUUCGAGUUC